AUGGAGAGCUCUACGAUCAGCCGCCACCAGCAACGCCAGGGAAGCCAGAAGACAGCCAACUCUAUGAUCAACCGCCACCAGCUGACGAAGGGGAGAAAAAAGAAAAACAACAAGCUAAGAAACCAGCCGAGAAUAAAGGGGAAUAUGAGGUCAUCUCUGAAGAAAUGAUGGUAUCGAUCAAAGGGGCCAAACCAAAGGAUAAGAAAGCGGGUAAACAAAAGGAAAAGCAGCAAGGCAAGUCUGAUACACCAAAGGGUCAGGCACCUGCUCCCAAGAAACCCGCUAAGAAGAAUGCUGAUGUGGAACAAACGGUCAAAGCCCAACCAAAACCUCAGC